AUGGUUAAGAAGAAAGAAUCUAAGAUUCUUUUGAAACUUUUGGUGGAUAGAAAGAAGGAUCAAGUUGUUGCAGCUGAAUCCGGAGUAGAUUUUAUGGACAUACUUGUUAGCCUUCUGACUUUACCCAUGGGAACAAUAAUACGACUCAUUAAAGCAGAGGCUGGAACUGUUGGUUGUAUCAAUAACUUGUACCAAAGUGUUGAAAACCUCGAUGAGGAAGAUCUGUACAUAGAGCAUUGCAAAAUCUUGUUACUGAAUCUGAUAAAUCCAUAUCCAAAAUAUUGCAUGAAGUUAAAAGUGAACUUAGAUGAUUCAGGGUCUAAGUAUUAUAAGUGUUCAGAUUGUCGAUACAACAGCUAA